AUGCGCCAAUCUAGAACGGUCAAGCAGGCCCUCAAGAACCUGUUCCCUCGAUCGCGGGCCAAGAGCAACGCGGCUGAGGCCAAGGCCAAGAUCCCUGUCUCUGGCUCCUCCACGACCUUGAACUGCUCCGUUUACUCGGAGAAGUUCGAAACCCUCUCCAAAACCCUCUCGACCGAACCGAACAGGUCAGACAAGUACUCCGUGCUGAAGUUGAAUGAUACACUUUCAGUAUCGAUCGGCGACUCGUUUGAGGAGAGCCCCGACGGCCGAGUUGAGAAGACGGACGAAUUCGAAUAUGGCAAUAUCAGGCAUCCAAAGCUCAUCAGGCUGUUGCUCAUUUUGCCGUCUUCAGACCAGACGGAGGCGCUUGAGACCAUCAUGUUUCAUGCCGAGCUGGAUGAGGUCCCUUUCCAGGCGCUGUCUCACACAAGUGUAGAGAAGGGCCGUAUUACAUUGAUGCAUUGCAAUGGCCAUAGUCUUGCUGUCGAGGAGAGCCUGUAUCGGGCUCUCAAGGAUAUUCGCAAUCUCGCGGAACCACACACCUUCUCUAUCGUAUGGGCAGAGGCUGUAUGUAUCAACCAGAGCGAUAUUAAAGACCGUGAGGACCAUCUAAGAUUGGUCCGGGACAUAUUCACUUCGGCGCAUGUGACGCUUGCGCAUUUAGGUGGUACUGGGGAUCAGAGCGCCAAGGUCUUUCAAACAAUGGAUAUGCUGCACGAAGCCUGCAAGAUUGACGAGUUUCGGGAGCGCCUGGAGCAAGACGAGAUUGACAUGUCGUCUCUCGAGCACCUAUGCAUUGAAGACACGAAGCUCGAUAUUCCCUUCGAGAACAGGUUGGAGCUGACUCGCCUGUUCUUACAUCAUUGGUUUGAGAGGAUCUGGAACUGGCAGGAGGUUGGGCUUGCCCGAAAGGUAUGCCUCAUGUAUGGCGGCGCGCUGCGACCAUGGGGCUACUUCGCAGAUACGGCCUGGUGCAUGUAUCAGCUGAGGUGGGAAACGUCCGUAGGGGAUGAAUGCAUCGAGGAAGACAUGUCAAGAGAGGACUUGAAACAUUACCAUAUCCUACACUUAGACGAGCACAGAGACGGGGCUCUCAAGGGGAAAACAUACAGUCUCCUCAGCUUGUUGACCGAAUCAAGGCACUUCACCGCCGCCCAUCCCUUGGACCGUGUGUUUGCUCUCUACUCUCAUCUUGGCAACUCUCGCGAGAGGGACAUCGUGCAGGCAUUCUUCGACUAUGAUCUGCCCCGGCUCGCCAUGUACCUCAAUAUCACACUCAACUGCAUCCUUUCGCAUCGCACGCUAGAUGCGCUACAACUAGCGCACAACAACAUAACCGCUGAAUGGCCAUCCUUCGUGCCCGACCUAUCCCGCAAGGAUGGCAUGCGCAUGCUAGGCUCGCGCAACGGGAGGCGGACAUGGGAAUAUCAAGCUUCGGGCGACACGGCUCCCCAAAUGGCCAUUCUCAACAGUUGGGGCCAGACCCGCGAGGGCAUCCCGUACUUCAACGAGGACGUGUACAUAUCCCUCAAGGGCCUCGCAGUCGACGAGAUAUCCGUCGUUGGAACGGAGAUGAAGGGCCCAACCCUCGGCGCAGCGCCCUACCUCGCGGACUGGGUCAACAAGAUCCUCAUGGUCAACGGGGAAAGGUUCUACACAACGCCCGAGCUGAAGCGCGCCAAGGAGAUGCUCUUGGCCUCGAUGAAGAAGGGCCACAACGGCACCAGCAAGACGAACGGGGCCGUGACAACGAACGGCGAGUCCCGGGUGCGGAACACCUUCUCCCCCUCUCUAAUAGAGGCGCUGAAGAAGCUCGACUUGGACUCAAACGAGGAGGUUGAACCCAUGGCUGUGCUACCAAAGGACAGGCCAUACGCGGCCGGUCACACGACGGACUUUGAUGCGUUCUGGCGCACGCUCAUCAAGAAUAGGGACGAGAACGGAUGUGUCCCCGCGGCCUCAAUGGCCGUGACGCACUUCCAGCCGUGGUUCAAGGCCAUGUCCAACACGGUGUCUCACAUGCUGGAGGCUCUCGCGCAUGGUCAGAGCGAGGGCUCCUCAACCGGCCCGCGGGCUGAACCUCUCUUCAAUGAUCUCGUACACAUGAGCUGCAACGGGACCCGGAUGAUGCGCACAGCUCAGAUGGGAUUGAUAGGCACGGUACCUCGGACAACGAAGCCGGGGGAUUUGGUGUGCGUGCUGUAUGGCGGCCAGACCCCGUUCAUAUUGCGCAAGUCGGAGCGAGGCCCGGGCAUGUUCAGAUUAGUCGGGGAUUGUUAUGUGCAUAGCCUCAUGGACGGGGAAGCGCUGAGGAUGGGUUUGGAGGAACGGAAAUUCGAGAUUUACUGA